AGAAUAGGAAGGAGACAGAGACUGUCACAGGAUCAGCAUAACCUGGGGAGCAGAGCAGCAUCAAGUGAAUAAGUAGGUGAAUAUAAGUAUCUGCAUACAUUGUAGUAAUAGGUUGUACUUGUGCAUACAAAUUAAAAACCAUGGCAUCUGAGGGUGACAAAUUAUGGGGAGGCAGGUUUGUUGGCAGCAUCGACCCCAUUAUGGAGAUGUUCAACUCUUCAGUGUCCUAUGACAAGAGGAUGUGGUCUGCUGACAUACAAGGAAGCAAGGCCUAUGUCAAGGCUCUUGAAAAAGCAGGGCUAGUCAGCAGAUCUGAGAUGGAGCAAAUUAUCACCGGCUUGGAUAAGAUCCAUGAAGAAUGGUCCAAAGGGACUUUUGUUCUGACAAAAGGAGAUGAGGAUAUACAUACUGCAAAUGAGCGCAGACUUAAGGAACUGAUUGGAGAAGCUGCUGGGAAGCUGCACACUGGAAGGAGUAGAAAUGACCAGGUGGUCACAGACAUGAGGCUAUGGUUACGAGAAUCUUCCUCUCUUCUGUACACGCAUUUGAUACGCCUCAUCAGGACCAUGGUAGACCGCGCAGCUAUUGAGGUUGAUAUACUUUUCCCUGGUUACACCCACAUGCAGAGAGCACAGCCUAUUCGCUGGAGUCACUGGAUUCUGAGCCAUGCGGUCGCAUUGUGCAGGGAUGCUGAGAGAUUGGGUGAAAUAAGAAAGAGAAUAAAUGUUUUACCACUUGGAAGUGGUGCAAUUGCUGGAAACCCCUUAGGAGUUGACAGAGAACUCCUGCGCAAGGAACUGAACUUUGACUCGCUUAGUCUGAACAGCAUGGACGCAACCAGUGAGCGUGACUUUAUAGCGGAGUUCCUGUUCUGGGCUUCCCUAUGUAUGACCCAUCUCAGUAAGAUGUCAGAAGAUCUCAUUAUCUACAGCACCAAGGAAUUCAGUUUUGUUACCCUAUCAGACUCCUACAGUACAGGGAGUAGUUUGAUGCCUCAGAAGAAGAAUCCUGAUAGCUUGGAACUGAUCCGCAGCAAAGCUGGUCGUGUCUUCGGACGGUGCUCUGGGUUUCUUAUGACAUUAAAAGGAUUACCGAGCACGUACAACAAAGACUUGCAGGAAGAUAAAGAGGCCAUGUUUGAUGUCUAUGACACCAUAUGUGCUGUGCUCCAGGUGGCCUCUGGAGUUAUUGCCACCCUGCAGAUAAACAAAGAGGCUAUGGAAAAAGCGUUAAGUCCAGAUAUGCUUGCCACAGACAUUGCUUAUUAUUUGGUCAGGAAAGGCAUGCCUUUCAGACAAGCUCAUGGGCUUUCAGGGAAAGUAGUGCAGUUAGCGGAAACCAAGAGGAUCUCUAUCAACCAACUCUCAUUGGAAGAUCUAAAGAGCAUCAGCCCUCUUUUCAGCAGUGAUGUGUCCAAACUCUGGAAUUACACCAACAGCGUGGAGCAAUAUACUGCUGCAGGAGGAACAGCAAAAAGCAGUGUGGUUGCUCAAGUCGAGCAACUGAGAACAUGGAUGAAGAACCACAAAGACUAGUGUCAGGAGUCCCUCUAAAUACAAUGAAAAAGCGUAGAACUGAAAAUGUAGAUGUAAUGAUCUAUGUAUUAAAAAUUGUGUUUAGUGUGAAUGAAGAAGGUUUUAAUUAUAAACUAUAAAUGUUUAAUGUCUUCACCCUAAGUGGGUAAAAUGUAAAACAAAGUAAUGUUUCUAUCACUAAAAAUAUAUAUAAAAAUAUUCUCUUAAA